AUUCACCCAUGUGCAAAAUGUCAACAUGUCAAAACUAAACCCCGGAAAGGAUAAAGAGUUAAACAUGUUAAUAUGGAGGAGGAGGAGGUAGUUUUAGAGUUUGAAGCAAUUCUUGGCAACGGAUCUUUUGGCAUUGUGUACCUGAUAAAGGACAAGGAGAAUCGGAGGUAUGCGGUGAAGAGAAUCAACUUUCAGGGCCAAGAGUCUGAGCGGACACAAGCCCUGAGGGAGGCAGAACUUCUGUCCAAAGUCCGAAACGAAUACAUCCUGAACUACAUUGAAUCAUUUGAAGAUGAUGAGUGCCUAAAUAUAGUAACCGAGUACUGUGAUGGGGGUGACCUUGAGGUGUAUUUAAGGAACAGAAAUGGGAAAAGCUUGCCCGAGGUUCGAAUCUGUCAUUGGAUUUACCAAAUAGCAUCAGGACUACAGUACCUUCAUGGACAGAAGAUUCUCCACAGAGAUCUGAAAGCCAAGAAUAUUUUUCUGAUGAGUGACCUUUCUUUGAAGUUGGGAGACUUAGGCAUUGCAAAGUUACUUGAACUGAAUCAAAGUAAAGCAGAGAGUUUUGUCGGGACACCUGCAUACAUGAGUCCAGAAUUAUUCAAACAUUUACCCUAUAACCACAAAUCUGAUAUAUGGAGCUUUGGAUGUUGUUGUUAUGAAAUGGUAGCCUUGCAGAAAGCCUUUGGAAAUGACAGCUUGUUUGCUCUCUGUAAGAAGGUCUGCAGUGAUGAGAGACCGCCAUUUCCCAGUCAGUACAGCGAGAGUCUGAAGUCCAUUGUGUAUUCCAUGUUGGAUGAAGAACCAGACUGUAGACCCAGUGCCAAAGAUAUUGUUAAUAAUGUGUACAUCAAAAAGAGGCUAGCAGAACCAAUCCAUAAAAGUAACUCUCCAGACAGACAGAAAAGAAGAGAUCAACCAAAGGUGAAGGAGGGGCAGAGCAAAACACACUCAGCCAGGGAGAGACGGAGACAAUUGGCUGCCCAGAAAUAUCAGACAAUGUCCCACGCAUGGCUAGCAAUCAAACGACAGAUUGACACACAUCGCAGAGAAAAUCAGAGAAAAAGUGUCAGUCGAACAAUGGAGAAGAUGAAAAAACUAAAGUUGGGCCCUGUGAAACAGCACAGAGAAGAUACAGCAACGAGUACAUGCAGUAAUCAUAGUAACAGUGUAGAGGAGGGUGAGGAUGAUCCAAUCAGAUACUUGCUGAGUGAUGAUGAAGACAGUACACUAAUUAUUGACAGAGUUCAAAGGACAAAUGACAGAGUUCAUCAGAAUGGAGAUUCAGGGUCGCAUAAAUCAAAUAUGGAGGAUGAUGUUUUUGAUGUUAAAGAACAUGUAGAGAAAAUGACUGUUGAUCCAGAUAAGGCAGCCAAGUUAAUGGUGCAAGGAAUGAGGGACCAGUUAACCCCGUUCCAGUAUAACGGGACACCUUUUCCUGUAAGGGGGAAGGAGGCAGGAACUAGUUCACAAGAAUCUCUGUCUGAUACAAAAGGUACUCAGAAGACCAGAAAAAAGAAAAAGAUUCUCUCCAAAAUAGCAAACGAGAAGAAGAGGAUAGAAAGCAGUGGUAGUGACACAGGGGUAGGGAUGACAUCAGGGGAGACAUCCCCCAUCUCACAAAAUGUUAAAGGUGAAAGUUCAGUCAGACUCUUUACAAGAGGUCAACAAGUGACCUUCAACAGAGGCAUAUCCAAUAGCAGUGAUGAACGAGAUGAAAACACAGUGAAAGAAAAAUAUGUGCCAUUUGAAAACAAGAAGACAUCAGAGAGUAUCAAGGGAAUUGUAGCCAUGAUAGGAAGCAUGGAAACUGAAUCAGUUGUACUAGAAAUCAGCAAAGUUCAAAGUGAGGUGGCUAAUGCUAUAGGCAGAGACAAUCUUCAGAAAUGUUAUGAUGUCAUGGCCAAUAUGCAGGAUGAAGAACUAGUCAAGGCACUAUUGACCGAAAUUCUUGGACCUACCAUGUAUAAAAAAUACAGGGAACAACUUUCCUACCUCCGUAUGCUAGAGAUCAGAUCUCAAGCCACAAGUUAGAGGUGAUGUCAUCAAGCUCAGAUUACAGAGGGUCUCCUUAUCUUAUCUGUAUUUAUCAGUUUAUGCAAAAACGAUUUUUUAUUUAAUGAAUAUUUCCAUAAGUGAGUUAUUUUUUUAAAAGUGUUUAUAACUAUAUAUAUAUUUUUUAUCAACAUUCUUCAAAUUGGAAACAUUUACUGUCUUAAUAUUUUUGUAUAAAAUUUUCUUAAAUAUGCUCACUUUGUUACAAUAUUCUGAGAGCAUUCGCUGACAUUGACAAUCAUUUUAAUACAUGUACACGUGUAAUCCAUUACCAGAUUUACUUUUGACAAUUUGUGUAAAUGUGUAACUCAAAAAUUCUAUUAGAUUAUGAAUGAUCUUGAACUGCCGGUUUGUAGAAAUAAUACUUCAUGGUUGUAUGAUCAACUUUCAAUAAAUAGUAAGGUAAUGAAAGAAUACUAUAUCUAUCUAGCUAAUCCAUAUUGUUUAUUGGCUAUAGACCUUCUUAUUUUACAAGAUACAGUAAUGUAAACUUACUUAUUUUAGCCUUCAUCAUAUUGUAGUGUCCUUCAUGCUACUAUACAUGAUUAAAACAAAUACACAUCUUUCUAAAAACUGUAGUAUGCUAAUUUAUAUUUGGCUAACCAGUUGAAGAGGACAAUUGCAUUAUUUGUGUGCUAAUUUAUGUAUAUUUACAGUAUAUCCAAAACUAAGUUUGUUUCACUUUUAUAACUGCUGUACGGUCAUGUAAAAUGGUGCACUUACAUGAAGCAUAAGAAUUGUUAUACUGAUGGACCAAUUAUCUUAACUUUGUAUCUGUUAGAUGUUUACAGAUCAUGGGUAAAAUAUCAGCAGGACUUAUAAAUUGCAUGUACAUGUAUUAUAAAAUUAAUACACAUUUGAUUACCUGUUUUCUUUUAUGAAAUGU